AUGGUGUCUAAGGUCUUGGUGCUAGCAAUGUGUGCCUUAGCUGUGGUCACAGCUGAGCAUGCGCACUCUUCUCAGCACAUCCACAAAUACGACGGCCAUCACCAUCCCGUUGAAAUAAAAGACGAGCAUGGACAUCAUCACGUCGACUACUAUACACAUCCUAAGUACGAGUUCAAGUAUGAAGUGAAGGACUCUCAUACUGGAGACCACAAGGAGCAGCAUGAGCACCGCGACGGUGACGCCGUGAAGGGAGAAUACUCCUUGCACGAACCGGAUGGCUCCGUCAGGCAUGUUCAUUACCAUGCUGACAAACAUUCUGGUUUCCACGCGGAAGUAAAGCACAGCACUCACCACAUUGUGAUCUGCAUCUUAGCCGUGGUGGCAGUUUCAGCCGUGUGUUCCGAACACGCAUACUCGUCCCAACACAUCCACAGACACGAUGGUCACCACCAUGAAGUGGAAGUUAAGGAUGAGCACGGACAUCAUCACGUGGACUACUAUACGCAUCCUAAAUACAAGUUCGAGUAUGAAGUGAAGAGUCACCACACAGGUGAUCACAAGUCUCAUCAUGAGCACCGCGACGGUGACAGCGUGAAGGGAGAGUACUCCCUGCAUGAACCUGAUGGUUCCACUAGACAUAUUCACUACCACGCUGAUAAACAUACUGGUUUCCAUGCUGAUGUUAAGCACAGCGUCCACCAUUUAGUACCGGAUAAACAUCAUCAUUAA